AUGGCAGAACUAUUUAUUAGCGGUCAAAUCGAGUCGGCUGAUGGAUUCGGCGACAAUCGAGUCUCAUGCCGAUGGCAACUUCAAAUGGGUGGGUUUUUUCGAAAAACAUUUUUUGAUCAAUCAUACUUUUUUUUAUCAUCGAAGAAAGAUUCUAUAUUUUUGGAAAAAUCCCUUUCUAUGAAUUCAUUUGGUUCAUUGGUUUAUUGAAAUAAAAAAAUGAAGCUUUUUCAAAAAAUCACAAGAAAAGUUCGAAAAAAAUAAUCUUAAAAAUGUCCUUCUCAAGACCUUCCUAGUUCUUUUCAAAAAGUUUUUUUUUUCAAAACUCGAAAAGGCCCUUUUUUUGAGAUCUAAAAAGGUGUCUAAAAGAAUUUCAUAAAAAUCCCACGUAAAGGAGGAAUAUAAGACAUAGGUCUUUUCUUUUUCUUGAAAAAGCUGAAAUGAGCUUAAAAGAGGUUUUUUCGACUUUUUAGGGCUUAAAAAAGCUUUUUCUUUUAAAUUCCUCAAAAGAUCGCCUGGACUUUGUCCCUAAAUGCGAUAUAAGCUUAGAUUUUUAGGAUUUUGUUGCGUUAAGGCAGUAAAAAUAGAGGUCAAACUUAAUAACUCCUUCUCAUUUUCAAGUAAACCUUUUUUCAUACAAUGAAGAGGUUCUCUACAAAAUUGAACAAUCAUCUUUAUUUUAUCCAAUUUUUUUCAUCGUCAAAAAUUGAAAUUUCUUCAGGCGGAGGCUGGCGCGUGGUCCAAGGCGAAACGGAGGGACAAACGCAGACGGAUCUGCCUUCAGUUUAUGAAGAAGCCUUUUUUGGGCAUCCUAUCGACUUACACCUCGCCACCAACACUAUUCAAGGUUUUUCCUACUUUUUCAUCGGAAAUAAGAAUUUUAUCUUCGAAAGUUAGAGAGCGCUCAAAAUUGGGAGGGAUUUCUCUGAACUCCCUCUUGUUUGUCAGUGCUCUCUAGCUUUGGUAUAUUCAUAAAUAGACUUGAAUGUAUAGUCGGUUCAGAUUUUGAAUGUCAAGUACAAUGACGUGAUUAUCUAUUUGCAAAAAAUUAUUUCUUGAUCGUUAGAAUCUUCAACCAUUUUUCUCAUUUUUUUCUGUUGUUCACAUCGGAAAAGCCCUUUUAAGGUGAUUAAUAAUAAUAAGAAAAAAAAACGUUUUCGAUAGUAUUUCUGCUAUUUUUUUUAAAAGCAAAUUUUCUAGUGUAUAGACCCAUUUUUCUCAUAAAAUUGUUAAGGUUGGCCUCGUCUGACCCUCCAAAUGUGGCACCACGACCACUACUCGCGACAAGAUAUCGCUGGUUAUGGAACUGUUUUUCUACCCACCACCAGUGGGUCACAUGAGGUUUUCAAUUUUGAGAUUGAGGAUUUAUUCUGUCAGGUCAGAAAGUCUGAAAAAUGGCUAGAACAUUUUUUGAUGUUCUAUAUGUCCCUGUUCCUGGAAGACUCUAGGAACAACUCUCUACUUUUUGAGAAAAUAUACCUGAAAGUCAACGAAAAUCCGUGA